UGUAAGAAAGUUUAGAGAGAGAAACAGAACGGGAAAAAGAGGCAUUUGGAGACAGACACCCUAAUCACAUAGUAAGUACAUAAAUAGAAACAAGAGAGAGAUUGGGACUAGAGAGAGAAAGAGAAGACUCGAAUUAACAAGUAUAUACCUGUUCACAGGGGUCGUGUCGGCUCUUACCAGGCAAAGACCACCGAUCUAUCGAUCUCAUCAAUCUCUACCAUUUUCGAAACCCUAGUCAUCGUUAUCGAUCCAGCUCCCUUUUGUGUACAGGUUGGACAACAAUCUGUGAAGGGAAGCGAAUUCAAUUGGCGAUUUUUUUCUAGCCGAAUCAUUGUGAACUCUUAGAUAGUUUUUCCCGAAUUUUAAGCUUAAAGGAGGUUUGGAGCAUAUAAUCCAGCUCCUGAGAGGUUCAUGCUUUUUGGGUGAUCUGUGUCUUCAUCCAUCAACUUAAAGCCCCAAAACGGGCCGACUUUUUUGCUGUAUUUAAGGCCACAAAGCAGAGAGUAACCGACAUAUUCAAAAUUAUUAAGGGCUUUUAUCAGCCAUCUUGGGAGCCAUCUACUGCAAUAAUUGUCUUCCCAGAUAUAUCUGAAAAUUCUAUCAGUUGGGUCAGUCUCUGUGUUCAACACAAUUACAGUCUACAAUACGGAGGAAGAAUUUUCCUUAAUUUUGGGGAUCUUAUCAUCUGCUAAUUGAGUACCCUGAGGAACCUCAGUGCGGUCUUGGCAUGGCUACCAUUGCUGCAAAUCAUUUCUCUGGAGGGCCUCGAUCAGGAGUGUCAAGUGAUGCUUUAUACAAAGAACUGUGGCAUGCUUGUGCUGGACCCCUUGUCACUGUCCCUCGGGAAGGGGAACGCGUUUACUACUUUCCAGAAGGUCACAUGGAACAGCUUGAAGCAUCGACUCAUCAAGGAUUAGACCAACAUCAUCCUUCAUUCAACCUACCGGCGAAAAUACUUUGCAAAGUUGUGCAUGUUCAGCUUCGGGCUGAACAAGAAACAGAUGAAGUUUAUGCCCAGAUAACCCUGCUACCUGAAACAGACCAAGGUGAAGUCACCAGCCUGGAUCCUCCUCUCCCAGAUCCUCCAAGGUGCAAUGUGCAUUCAUUUUGCAAGACACUUACUGCUUCCGACACAAGUACCCAUGGUGGAUUUUCUGUUCUGCGGAGGCAUGCCGAUGAUUGCUUGCCUCCUCUGGACAUGUCCCAGCAGCCACCCUGGCAGGAAUUGGUUACAACUGAUCUUCAUGGAAAUGAAUGGCAUUUUCGUCACAUUUUUCGAGGGCAACCCAGGCGCCACUUACUUACAACCGGGUGGAGUGUUUUUGUUAGCGCCAAAAAAUUAGUUGCUGGCGAUGCUUUCAUUUUCCUCAGGGGUGAAAAUGGAGAGCUGCGUGUUGGAGUCAGGAGGCUAAUGAGACAACUAAACAAUAUGCCAUCUUCGGUUAUAUCCAGUGACAGUAUGCAUAUAGGAGUUCUUGCUACUGCAUCUCAUGCCAUUUCAACUGGAACCCUGUUUUCUGUUUUCUAUAAACCAAGAACAAGUAGGUCUGAAUUUAUCGUGAGUGUGAACAAGUACCUUGAAGCUCGGAGCCAGAAGCUUCCUGUUGGGAUGAGGUUUAAGAUGAGGUUUGAGGGGGAGGAAGUCCCUGAAAGAAGGUUCAGUGGAACCAUUGUUGGCGUUGGAGAAAGUAAAUCGUCGAGAUGGCCUGAUUCUGAAUGGAGAUCCUUAAAGGUUCAGUGGGAUGAACCUUCAUCAAUUCCUCGUCCAGAAAGAGUUUCACCAUGGGAGUUAGAGCCGCUUAUGGCAACAACUCCUUCAAACUCCCAACCUCUGCAAAGGAACAAGCGGCCACGACAACCAGUUUUACCUUCUCCAGUGUCAGAUCUUUCUGCACUUGGCAUGUGGAAAACCCAACCUGAGUCUCCCUCAGCUUUCUCAUUUUGUGAUCCACAACGUGGGCGAGACCAUUAUCCAUCACCUAAAUUCUCUGGUACAAAGGUCAACUCUCUCAGCCACUGUGAGAAUAGUUCCUUGACCCCUGUUCCGAGCAAGUCAACGUAUAAGUCUAACCAGGAGGAUAACAUAACCGAUUCUUUUGUACCAUUUGUUAACAAAGAAUCCAGUGAAAGACGACAGGGCACUAGCAAUAGCUGCAGGCUAUUUGGGAUUGAACUACUCAACUCUGCUGUGGACGAAACUUUGCCAAUGAUUACAGUUUCUGGUUCAGAGGGUGAGGAUCAGCCAGUUCCAUCCGUGGAUACUGAAUCUGACAGGCAUUCUGAACAUUCAAAUAUUAAUCGACCUGAUGUUCCUUCAGUAAGUUGUGAGCCUGAGAAAUCAUGCCUGAGAUGUCCCCAAGAGUCGCAAAGUAGGCAGAUUCGUAGCUGCACUAAGGUUCACAUGCAAGGGGUUGCUGUUGGGAGGGCUGUAGAUCUGACACGCUUUGAUCGGUAUGAAGAUUUGCUAAAGAGAUUGGAGGAGAUGUUUGAAAUUGAAGGAGAACUUUGUGGAUCAGCAAAAAAAUGGCAAGUCGUCUACACUGAUGAUGAGGAUGACAUGAUGAUGGUUGGGGAUGAUCCAUGGCAUGAGUUCUGCAGCAUGGUGAGGAAGAUUUUCGUCUAUACAACUGAGGAAGUGAAGAAUUUGUCAUCCCAGAUAAAACAUCCUGUUAAUGAUGAGGUCAAACAAUGCAAGUCAGCUCCCAAUGCUGCAGUCAGCACUGAAGAACAGUCAUCAAACAUGGCUUCUGGUCACUGAUGUGUCCAUGCCCUUUGUUAUCCUACUCGAGGAAAGGAGCAACUAGGGCACAUAUAUAGUGAAGGUGUGAGAGAGAAAUGAGAUCUAUAAUCACUUUGCACUUUUGUUUUUAGCAGGAAGUGAUGCUAUCCAUGGCAUUUUGGUCAUAUGCUGUGAUGGCCAGUUCGGUAACUCGGCAUGGGGUGGGUGACGAGGAUGCUGGUAACACGAAAGGGUUGCUUUUAGAGAUUAGGUUUCGGUAGCAUUAUAUUUUUAUUUGUUUUGUUUUGUGAAGGAAAUCUAAUGCUUGCUUGUUUGGACUUUCAGAAUGGGUGAAAAAGUGCUGGCCUUCUCCAGCUCUUCAUUAAGAACACAGGAGCUGGAGUAAAUUAUCCUUCAUUUUGCUUGUUAUUUUUCAUUUUCUUUCGAGUUCGCUAAUACGUACAUGACUGUGUAUACAGUCUUGUAUUCUGUAUAUAUAUAUAUAAGGCUUCCAAUAUCCUUUGGUUCCAAAAUUUUUCUUUUUGC